GGACCGGAAGCCGUAUCGGCGGCGGCGCGCGGGGGCUGCCGGGAGCCGUAGUCCCGGCGCCCUGAGAGGGAAAAGAGCGAGCCGGCCGGCCAGUGAGGGAAACCAGCGACCCACCCACCCGCCGCCUCUCGCCGCCUUCGCCCGCUCCCGCUCGCCCGCCCGCCCGUUCCGCGCAGCCGCCGCGGCCUCGCGCUCCUCCUCCUCCUCGCCCGCCCCUCGGCCAGAGCGGCGAAGAGCAGCGGCGCGAAGGAGGUCGGUGGCCCGUGAGGGAGGAGGGAGAAAGAAGGAGAAUAGGCGGCGGCGGCGGCGGCGAAGAGGGAAGGAAAGGAGCGGCCGCCGCCGCCGCCCGUCAGGGAGGGAGGGAGAGGCGGACGCAGCUGCCGUGAGGCGCUUCGAGGCGGGGGGGGAGAUAAAUGGGAGGAGGGGGAUGCGCAGAGGGGAGGGGGGCUGUGAGGGGGCAAGGGGCGAAUUAGGGGGGAGGGGUUGGAUGGGGCGGGGGGGGGGGAGCAGGCCGUGGGGGCGGCGAGGGGGACCGAGGUCUUGGCGGUGAAUGGCGGGGUGGGCGUGGAGUAGAGGUGCUUCUUUGGGGGGGGAUGAGAGAAAGAGAAUCCGCACGAAGGAUGGGUUUUUUGGGGGGGGUGGGGGGCAGUGACAGGUGUUUGGUCCUGCAAUGGGACGACUUGACGUUUGCUUGCAAGGUGGUGCUUUCUCCGUUUUUCCUCCUCGCAACGACAACCCCGUGAGGUAGGCCAGGCGGAGAGGCAGCCGCUUCGCCCUCAGGGAGCUUCGUGGCCGGACCCUGCUCCUCAGGGUCCUCCUGGUCUGGGAUGCCACGCUUGGGAGAGGUGGCCAAGCUCUGGAUGGAUCAGAGGAGGUCUGGGGGGCUUGGUCUGGGGAGAGGGGCCCUCAGGAUGGGAGCGCUGUAGGUGUGUCUGGCGAAGGGAUGUUGGCGGGUCUGGCAUGGCGAUGGAGGUAAUCCUAAGAAUUGGACCCAGGGUCUGGAGACAGCGGCUUGGCUAGUGAUGGAGGCGAGGUGAUGUUGGAAAGCUGUGCAGAACCGAAAGAGUGAGAGUAGGGUUGGUGGUCCUGAUGCUGAGGGUGACAAAGGGAUGUCUUCAGAUCUGAUUUAACAGCAUCAGAGGUGGGGAAAGCCAUGGUUCUGGUGGCAAGGGAGGGUGGUAGUUUGGCAAAAGGUAGUUUGGCAGCUGCGUGGAUUUCAGUGGGUUGUUGGGAGCGUAAGAUUUUCUGGAUACUGGGUACUGCCUUCUGGAGCAGAAUUCUGCUUAAGGCAGUACCCAGUCAGGUGCGUCCGGAUGCUCAUGAGUCUCAGUGUUGUUUGUAGACACAAUUCCUCUGGGUGUAAGAGGAACAGGUAGAUGGGUAACAGGAGGUAGGGCAUCAGAUCACAAGUAGGCGUCAUUAUAGGGGAAGAGGAUGGGAGUGAGGUUGCAUGGAAUUGGGAUGAAAUUAGAUUCCUGGGGUUCCAGCCUUAUUUUAACGCUGGAAUAAAAGCUUGCAAGGGUCAAGUUGGUUUUGAUGGCUGGCUGGUGCUGACGGGAGUUGUAGUCCAGAACAUCUGGAGGGCACCAGGUUGGCAAAGGGAGCUGAGAAGCAGUUCUUGUUCUUGGAACAUCAGUUGCAGGCAAGUUCAGGUUGGCAGCAUUAGCUAGCCUACACUUCUUCUGUUGUAACAAACGGACUAAGAAUGAAUGGGACAUGGACUGGGAGAGGCAGACUGGGAUUAUUAGCUGUAAAGAAUAUUCAUUGGCAGAGCUCGCUUCUUGAUUGAUUGAAUCAAUGGAGAAAACCUAACUCUGGCAUUGUGUGCCAAACAUCCCAGCCUAAACAAGUGUCUUCAGAAUAACUUUGAAGUAGGCUAGGCUGAGAUGUGUAGUGACUUGCCCAAAGCUGCUCCAUGCUCUAGGUUUAGCAAGGAUUUGAACUUGGACACCACCAUCAGUCCCAGUCUCAAUCCACAGUUAUUAGCCCUAGUCUCUGUUUUAUGCCUUUUUGGGGGCGUUCGCUCUCUAUGUAUAAAAAAAAAAUGUAGUAAUCACAUACUAAACUUGGAGUAGCUAUGAUGGGGAAACUGUGAGACAGCUGGCACAAUGUUCUUCACUGCAUGGCUCUUGAACAACAGUUGUUUUUAAGUGCCCAGCAUGUCCUGGGAAUGUGUGGGUUUGAUUCUGCAUUGGCUCUUGGAUGGGUUUGCAAUGACAAAAGGGUGACAUAUAAGAGGGCAUUUCAGUGGGUAGAGGUUUUUUAUGCCUGCAUGGCAACUCUCACCUGCCAAAACUCUUAAAUGUCACUGGGACUGGUACAUCCUUUGCCUCCACUGAUACUGUGAUGAUCCUGGAAAACAUAUCUUUUAUUUGACUGUUGUAUGUGGGAACUCUCAGUGGACCUCCAUGCAGUCAGCCUUCCUUGGGCAGGCUAUGAGAAAAAACUGAAUGGACUAAAUGUUGCCCAAACUUGCCCACGUCCUUCUGAUCCUCCCAACCAAAGUCCCAAAUUGCCAUGCCUGUCUUUGGUUACGGAGAACAGCCAGUAGGGAUGCUGGCUUCUUUAUCAGCCUCUGCUCUGGGCCUUUAAUAGUGAGUUGAUGACGAAGAUAUUAACACAGGGACUCCAACUCUCAUCAGCCCCAGACAGCAUGGCUAGUGGUGAGGGAUGAUGGGAGUUGUAGUCCAGCAAACGUCUGGUGGGCACCAUGCUGGCAACCCCCCCUGUUUUCAGGUGGUAUGUCUUGGUAUGUCUUAAAAGGCUUCAUCUGCUGGUUUCCUAAAAGUAAAGCUGCAGUUAAAAGUAGAGGAGCAGUCAGGGCAGCCUGGCUUUUUUCAGGUCAGUUGCGAUCCUUGCAGCUCAUAAACUCUUUGAAUAAUUAAGAAUGUCUCUUGGGAAUAUCAUAAGGAUUUUUCAAUCCCUUCGGUUAUACUGAAUCUUCUUUCAUCCUGAUAAUCAGCACUACCGGUUAGGACCAAACUGUGCUGCUUGGCUUUUCAAACUGUAAAUAGCAGCUGGGAUGGAGUCAGAACCACAGCAAAGUGGGGAGGUGGGUUUAACACUUUCCUUACACUGAAAUACUGCUCUUUCCCCCAAUGUUUUCUUUAGCACCAACUAGGAACUUGGGAGGGAUUUUCAUGGGUACAAAUGGGGGAUGGGGUUACCAAACACAAAUACGCACUGCUGCUUUAGUUAAAGUUCUAAAAGGGAAAUGUGUCACCAAGUUAAACAUUUGUGUUUUUUUUUUAAUGUGGAGCUUUGCACUUGGGAUGGGGCAUGGCUGAGUAGUUGGACAAAAAAGAUCCCAGCAUCAAUCCCCAUCACCUCCCUCUUUAAAGGAUCUCUGUAAUGAGGAGAGGGAAGUCCACUAGGAAUUGAGAUGUAUGUCCUGAGAUGAUGGCGUCCUUGGGCUCCUGCGAUUUUGAAAAGACUGGUUUCAUAGAAAAACCUCCUCCCAGAAGUUGGUUGAAAGGAAGCUGACAAACCCUAGCCAAUAAGCCAGACUACAUGUGAUGAUGAGGCAUUUGACUUCCUAUCUCCCUCAGAAACACAAUAUUUACAUACAAGUUCUGGUUGGACGGUUGCUUAAAAUUUUAGUUACAGGUAGUUAGCCGUGUUGGUCUGCCGCAGUCGAAACAAAAUACCAACUAAGUUUGUUAUUAGUAUGAGCUUUUGUGUGCAUGCACACUUCUUCAGAUACAGUGGUACCUCAGGUUAAGUACUUAAUUCGUUCCUGAGGUCCUGAAACUGUUCUUAACCUGAAGCACCACUUUAGCUAAUGGGGCCUCCCACUGCUGCUGUGCCGCCGGAGUACAAUUUCUGUUCUCAUCCUGAAGCAAAGUUCUUAACCCGAGGUAUUAUUUCUGGGUUAGCAGAGUCUGUAACCUGAAGUGUAUGUAACCUGAAGCAUAUGUAACCCGAGGUACCACUGUACUUAGUUGAUCUCUAAGGUGCUACUGGAAGGAAUUUUUUUAUUUUGCUUAAAAUUGGUUAGGCUCUCCUUGAUACAUUUCAUCUCCUAUCUCUUCUCCCUCUUGUUUUUCCAGGAACUGGACCAUUUUGCUCUGCCAGCGAUGUUCUCCCUGAAUUCAUGUAGAAGAGGUAAGAAGGUAGCUGGCCGGAAUGGGGUGGGUCAUGGAGGAAUCACUAUUUUUGAUGACUAGGGGGAAAAGCUCUAGAACUGGUUCUCUUCUCAGUCACACCAGACCUUUGUGAGACUUGAGCUUUCCCCCUGUGGCAGUGAAUGAAAUUUCCAGUCACUUUCUAUUCACACUGGCUUCAGGUCCUCAUGCUGAGCUUCUGACAGGGAUGGGGAGUCUGGUGCUCUCCAGCUAUUGUUGAACUACAACUUCCAGAAGCCAGCAUGGCCAAUGGUCAGCGAUGGUGGGAGUCUGAAUCCAGCAACAUCUGAAGAGCUUUAGGUUCCUCAUCUUUGGCUUACAGCAUUGGCUAGGACGUAUUCAGAUGUACUACCUAGAAAAUGAGAAAGAAGUUGUGGGUCAUUGUUGAGCUGAAAAUCAUCUCAUGCCUUUGGCUAUGAAUUGGUCCAUGAUCCCAGGUGCGUUUUGCAGAUGUUACAUCAAGGCUCAUUUCAACCAGGCACAACCAAAACAUUUGUUACUGAAGCUGCCCACGAGCAUGUAAUUGGCCUCUAGCUAAUAAUGACAAACAUUCAACGAUUCACAUCUUUGCAGAUCUCCAGUAGCUAUUUCGAUAGUGACCCUUUCCCUCUCUGCAAUGAUGCGGGUGGCAUUCAACUGGCAUGGCUUACCGUAUAUAGAUCUCACAUACCCUGCAAACCCAGUUUUCUGUCCAUUCUAGCCUUUCCGUUGGUUAUCCACAUUAGAUUAGGCUUUGGUGUUCCCCACCCCCAAUCCAAUUUGAAAUAGGAACGUUCCCCCUUUUUAAACCUCAUAUAUCCCUUUUUCUUAGUUGUGCUGCUUUGCACCACCUUAGUGAGACUGCUGUCCUUGGUGUUGACAACAUCUGUACAACAUGUUCUCAUCUUCUAUCAUGUUGUCUCUUUCCUCUUUUCCCUAACCAAACUCUCCAUUUAGCUCAUGACUAGUUUUCCACGUUAGUUGCUCCAGCCAUCCGCCAUCCUUGUUGUUCUUUCUGAGCUCCUGGCCAUUGAUUUUAAAACGAGGUGCUCAUGCAGGAAUAAAGAAUUCCUGGGAUUGGCUGAAAGAGAGAUGAUUACUGUGUCCGCCCGGUGAAGUACUAUUAUCACCUUUGCAGCCCUUUGGCAUAAAGACCCUGCAAAUUUUCAUCACCAAGAGCAAUGCAUUCAAGGAUUCUUUUCCUAAACGCACACUUGGCUCACUUGUCAGGUGAGUUGGCACGAUGAUGACAUUGGCAGUGGCCGAAUCAACUGCAGAACUUGAAAAAGAGACCCCAAGCAGGGCAGGAGUCCUCAGAACAAGGCUAGUGGUUUGUCAUGGACUCCAUGGUGGUCCUGUGAUGGGAGAGGAACACAGCAAAAUUACCUUCCUGUCUGCAUCAGAAAGACUCAACCAUGGCUGGUUCCUUUGAGACAAGAGUGGCAAGUUAUGCCUUUAGCCUGACCUGGCGAGCUGCAGGAUAAAAUGUAGAAAUUAAAUGCUGUUAAAUGCUUUUAUGUUGCUUAAUAAAAAGUUUUGUGACUUCAAAUAAGGAGACGGUUGACUUUUGGCAUCUUUCCUACACGUUGCGUGCUCAGAGCUGCAAGCUUUUGUAUAGCUGUCCGUGACAAACCACUAGCCAGACUCGUGUAGAUGGUUGUCCAUCAUCUCACCUUUCUCCUUCAGCUCUCUGUUACUGUGCUCUAGCUCUCUCCUCUUCCUGUCAAAGAUGGGGUUGCAGCUGCUAUUCUUUUCACUGCUGUGUUUUACAUACCUGGUUCCUUUCUCUAGAAAUACUGUGGAGAGGGGGGAAUCCUAUUGGUCCACCCUUCCAACCCUGACAGCUGAUCCAUUCCAUGUCCACGGCCUGCUCCCUCCCACUUCUCUCCCGCAUAUGCCAUAUUUCUUUAGCCUCACUCUUUGCUCUGUCUCCUUCCACAGACGCAGUUGCCCUCCUUACGUAAUCCCUCAGGGAUAGACCCACCAUCUCUUCUCCUGCCCCUAGCAACCACCUGCUUUGGGAAGCUCUCUCACUCCUGCCCAUUAGCCUUUCCUUCAGUUGUUAGGCUGGGAGAAAGGGAUUUGUUUGCUAGUGUGUGUGGUUGCCGCUGCCACCAAAGUACCUUUUUAUGGUGUCUGGGGUAAGCAGAAAAGUUCCUCUUUCAUUUGUUACUAGGAGCACUAAGGUAUAAACUGUCCAUGUCACCUGAAAACAGUAAUGAGAGCAGAAACACAAAAACCACCAAACAUCCCCUACGGGUGCUGUUUCAUCUGCACAGCUAGUCCACCCAGCAGUGGCGGAACUGGACGACGCCCCUUGCAGCUGCACAAGGGAAGCAUUGGUUUUCAUGCAGCAGCAGCACUUCUGCCAGCAUUUGCCAACCUGGUGCCUACCAGACGUUUCGCAUCAGCCCCGUCAUUGUAUGGCCUUGCUGACUGGGGCCAAUGGCAGUUGUCUACCAGAUGUUUUGUACAAACCUGGUUGGCCAAGGCCAGCGUUCACACUCCUGGCAGCCAGGGCUAUCUUAACUAUAUCCGGCGCUGUGGUGCAAAGCUCCUUCUGCCCCCCCCCCGUUUCCCAGAGUUGUCAACCUUUUAUUAGGGAGGACGGGGCUGGGGGAGGCGGGCAGUGGCUGGAGGGCGGGGAAGAGGCGGAGGCUGGACACGGCGCCUCCCAGCUCCACUGGACACUUGUGAUGUGGUGGCCAUGGUAGACAGAGGCUCCAGGCACGGUGCUGCUUGGGCGUGGCAUGGCGGGCGAGCUGAUGCCUGGAGGCCUCCACCUCUUCCCUGGCACCCUCCAGAACUUGGUGCCAUGGCGCCCCGCGCCACUAGCCUCUGUGGGUAAGACGCCCCUACUGGCAGCGUUAACCUGCUCCCCCAACCACAUUUAUUUGAAAUCCAAUUAAAGCUAUUUAAUUAAUUUAACAAAAUUGAUGCGCUUGAUCCAGUGAUACCAGCUUUUCAAUGUCUGAUUGUCACUGACACCCCUCGCCUCUUAGUGCCCCCUCCCUAGGUAAUCCCUAGGUAUGUCCCCUCCUUUCCAUUCCUGUGCAGUAAGGAGAAAGGUGUCUGGCUGCAUAACAAGCCACCUUGUGACUACCCUAAAGCACUGGAAUUCCUUGUGACUGCUCCCCCAUGCUACUUUUCCAGACUCCCACUUGUGUAUUUCAACAAAACUCUGUGUUGGUUCUCCCUUCAUGUGUGUUACACAUAGCCUUGUGGUCUUGUGCUGUGCACUUUGAUGUGAUAACCUUACUUCAGCUUGUGUGGCUACAGUGGCACGGACUUCAGCAUAGCCUUGCACCCACCAGGGCAAGAGAGUGGUCAUGACCCUGCCCUCCAAUCCUUGCCCAGUGUCAGUGGGCACAAUUAUCUGCUUCACUCUGUCUGCAGGCUUCUUGCACUGGGGUGGGACUUGAUUUCCAUAUGUUGGCCUUAUUAUACGAACUUAGUCAUUAUCUUGACAAAGAGCAGAACAGAGCAUUGAGGCCAUGUUAAGGUUGGGAAGCCUCCAUUCUUACAUGUUUUAAAAUUACCUUUGGAUAUGAUAGGAGUUACUGUGUGUCAUAAGACACAUUGUUCAAGCUAACUUCCUUAUGGGGGGGGGUUGUCUUCAUUACGGGUUUAAUAGGCACACAGCAGGUAAGUUCAACUGGGCCACGGUCUCUUCAUGUCUCCCUGCUUGGAAAAGCUGCUUGUGUGCCCAUGUUUAUAAUUUUUUUUGCAAAGCACUGGCUCUUUAUUUUAAACAAGUUUUUUAUCUUAUGAGCCAAUCCUAUGAACUUUUGCUCUAGCAACGAAGCAUUCUGGACCAAGGACAAUUCCCACUGGAUCAGUACCACCUUGCUUCUUGAAGCAAAGCUGUAGCAUUCUGAGUUUUCCUGGGCUGUUUUGCAAGCCCCAGCAUCAUUUGCUCCGUGCUGCCUUGCUUACAAGGCAGCAGCACUGCGGACAGACAAUACAUCAAGAAAACAGGCAGACUUUGGCAGAGGCCAUUUGUUCACAGAACUGUUGACCCACAUUCAGGCUGUUAGUGCGGACCCAACCAUGCCAGCAGAGCAGCAGCCAUCUGAAUUCUUGUACCUCUGCUGGCCUCUCUUGACAACCUUUGUUUCUUUUGUCUUUUUGAAAGCCCUGGCUAUCUAAAGUGGUUGUGAUCUGUGCAGUUUUCAAAAGAAAGCCAUGAGGCUUCCAGUUCCCUUCGGAGCAACACUUACGUUGUCAUUUCAAUAGCAUAACGGGUGUUUUAAGAUCCUACAGGACUGGAAAAUUAAGGGGCUUCACCUUUUAGGCUGCAGGUAUUGCAGCCCAUUAUGAUGAGGACAGGGACGCGGCUGGCACUGUGGGUUAAACCACAGAGCCUAGGGCUUGCCGAUCAGAAGGUCGGCGGUUUGAAUCCCCGCAACAGGGCGAGCUCCCGUUGCUCGGUCCCUGCUCCUGCCCACCUAGCAGUUUGAAAGCACAAAGUGCAAGUAGAUAAAUAGGUACUGCUCCGGCGGGAAGGUAAACGGCAUUUCCGUGCGCUGCUCUGGUUCGCCAGAAGCGGCUUUGUCAUGCUGGCCACAUGACCCGGAAGCUGCACGCCGGCUCCCUCGGCCAAUAAAGCGAGAUGAGCGCCGCAACCCCAGAGUCGGCCACGACUGGACCUAAUGGUCAGGGGUCCCUUUACCCUUUACUAUGAUGAGCACACCCACAAAUAAGCCGGGAGAGAGGGGUGGGCCCACCCAAGCCGCUCCUCGGCUCUUUGCCUAAAUCCGAGGGGGCAGCAAGCACUUUUCCCCUGGCUCCGGAGAGGAGGGUCGGGGCUGGGGUCCUGCUGCUGGGUUGAGUCCGCCUGCCCGCCUGCCUUUGUGGCCUCCCUGCGCUUCACCCCGGCGCCCUGCAGGGGGCGCGCCGCGGAAGGCGGAGGCGCCCCUCUGGGCUUUGUGCGCGUGCGCCCCGCUCCUGCGUCGCGGCCGGCGUGCGAGCGUGCCUCCUUCCAAGAUGGCGGCGUCCAGCCGGCUCCUGCAGAUGCUGCUCGACGGCGCCGCCGGGCCGCUGUGGCGAGCGCAGCCCACGCUGCGUCGCUCGUUGCGGAGGGGCCUGUGCGAGCGCGCGGCCGGCGCGGGGCAGGCGCAGCAGGCGGAGGACGACGACGACGACGGAGUCGCCGACGGCGACGACAUGGGCCGCCAAGGUGAGCCGGCGACGCCGGUUGCUGGCUCGCCUUAGGCCGGGUGGCGGCGGUGGGACAGGGCAGCGGGCGGAGGAGGACUCUCCCCUCAAUUCCCGGCCUCAUGGAAGCGGGGUGAGGGGUAUGGGCGAGGGGCGUGAGACCCCCGCGCCGGUGCUCCUGCUGGCCUUCCCCCCCGGCCUUUUGAGGGCGCCUCUCCCGCCCGCGCGCCCGCACUUGGAGGCGAUGCGGCGCGCUUCUAACGGAGCUGGACGCGGUCAAGGUCACGCGCCGCACGUGCUCGCAUCCCCCCCUUCCCCCGGCGAGCGAGAAAUGAACUUUAAGGUGCCGGGGGGGGAGGGGCCUUCGCUUCGGCUUCCUAAAGCAUGCGUAGGCAAACUAAGGCCCGGGGGCCGGAUCCGGCCCGCGGACGGUCAGGGAAUCAGCGUGUUUUUACAUGAGUAGAAUGUGUCCUUUGAUUUAAAAUGCAUCUCUGGGUUAUUUGUAGGGCCUGCCUGGUGUUUUUACAUGCGUAGAAUGUGCGCUCCUAUUUAAAAUGCAUCUCUGGGUUAUUUGUAGGGCCUGCCUGGUGUUUUUACAUGCGUAGAAUGUGCGCUCCUAUUUAAAAUGCAUCUCUGGGUUAUUUGUAGGGCCUGCCUGGUGUUUUUACAUGCGUAGAAUGUGUGCUCCUAUUUAAAAUGCAUCUCUGGGGUAUUUGUGGGGCAUAGGAAUUCGUUCAUAUAUUUUUUUCCAAAAUAUGGUCCAGCCCCCCACAAGGUUUGAGGGACAAGGUUUGAGGCCCACGGCUGAAAAAGGUUGCUGACCCCUGGCCUAAAGGAAGCGAGGAGUUUCCCUAGGCGUUAGGCCCACCCUAGAGGGUGAUUUCACUUGCAGUCUGUUCUGGGGGGGGGGUCUGGCUCAAAAGAGCAUCCCAUGAGCAGGAAGCACUCUUGGACUUUAGGGAGGCGAGGAGGAUCAGGAAGGUGAGCAGACUUUCAGCUGGUAUUGUCUUUUACUGGGGCCGCUUGAGCUCCAGAAUUGGUUUUCAAUGCCAAGUAACCUCCUAGAAGGCCAGGGUUGAAGCAAUGGGAUCUGUGCUACUGUUUAAUUCACUCUGCUGCUUUGAGUAAAUUUGAUGCUGUAGUUUAGUGUGAAAUCUUUGCAAAUAUUGGUUUAGCAGGUCUUUACCAGCCCACCUUUUCUUUUAAUAAAAAGGAUGAGUCGGUGGCAUGAGUAAGAUGAGAUUCUCUGCCACUACAGCACACCAGUUAAAAGCACAAAGUGCAUUUUCAAAUACAAAAAAUGUUGGGUGUGUGGUAGUGAUCUCUGUGGUUGUGUUGGUCCAUAAGGGGAAACUCCAAAGUCCACAGUGGUGCAGAAUAUUAAUUAUGAUCAAUCAAAAUGCCACAGAAUUGUGGCGAGCUCUGGAGUUCCCCAAAACUUUUUUUCGAGCAAGCAGGAAUUAGGGGGAGGAGGAAACAUUUUUUUAAAAAAACUACUGUACUAACAUUAGAUGGAGGCCAGUCUGUAAACUCUUUUCCAAGCUGGUGAUUGUAGGCUGAUUACAAGCCAGACUUUUGAGUUCUCAGAGAUGGGGAGCAACUAAUAAUUGUGGCUUCAAAGCCCAAUACAUGACACUUUUUCUGACAUGUUCUACUGCCAGGUGAUGGUCUGCUGGGUGCCUUGCAGGGUGGAUGCAAUUCCCCAUCCUGAUCUACAAGCUGACCUCUUGGCUACGUCGUCAAUCUAUGUAUUUUUUGUACUUUUUAUCCUUGUUCCCCUCACCACCUGCUUUGUACAACAUUGUGCCUGAUGAAGGCUUCUGGAGAGCUCAGAAGCUUCCCACACCUUUGUUGGUCCCAGCUGUGGAUUUUGAAGGUUGUUCUUGUAUUUAAACCUAAAUUGUGUCUGAUGAUUGGUGUUCUAUUGAGAACUUCUAAGUUGGGAAAUGACCUGAAAUGAAUGGCUCCAUUGCGGAAUUCUUAGUAGGAAGUCUCUGCUCUUUGUCAUGGUACCAUAUUUCAUUUUAUUUUUAAAAAGAAAACCCAUAAGCUUCUGUUUUCUGGGAGUUUAUGGGGUUGGCACUGAAGGUACCAUAGGGGUAUAUCCAUCUGUUUAAGCUCCACCUUCUCAAACCUUUUUUUAUUCUGGAUCUUUUCCUUCUUGCUUUCCUCUUAGAUAGGACAAUGCAAGGAGGUGAGUCAAUUUCACUUUCACUUCUCCUUUGUUGGCAAGUCUAGCUGCUGCCAUAGCGUGUGUGUGUGUGUGUGUGUGUGUGUGUGUGUGUAGGUGUAGGAUUGAUCUCUGUUAUCUAGAUAUGGUUUCUAUUGAACUCUUAUUGUAUGAACACUUUAAAGAUGUUUUUGCUGUCUUCAGCUCAAACAUCUGAGCUAGCUAAACGCUUGUGCAAGGUGGUUUGAGCAUGUGGAGUUCUCGAAGCAGAGGGCCAGUUGAUGCAAUGCACCUUCACCACACAUCAAAAGCUCACUGUGCACCAGUGGUUUGUGUAAAUCAGCCCCCAAGAGCAGCUAGCCAUGGGAGUUAGGAUAAGACACCUUUUCCUGGUGUCUUGAAUCCUGGUAAAUGGACCUCAAGGCUGAGUCUGCCUAAUCUGCCGUCUGCAACAUUGGACAUUGCUGACCUCACAUGGAUGACAGUUGCAUUGCAUGAUUCAUUUGUCUUGUGAAGUCUUCUCAGUUUGACAGGAGGUUAAUUCUCCCAUCCCACAAUUUUCUUUCAGAUUCAAGAGAUUUACUGAAGGAAUUUCCCCAGCCUAAAAAUUUGCUCAACAGCGUCAUCGGAAGAGCUCUUGGCAUUUCCCAUGCAAGAGACAAGCUGGUGUAUAUCCACACCAAUGGGCCACGGAAAAAGGUAAACUGCCUGCAGCACCUAAAGCAAUGGAUGGAAGUGGCAGGGAAGCAAGUUCUUGCUCGGUGUUCGAAACUCCCAUUGUUCUAGGCGCAUUUUGCAACAGGGAAUUUCAUUAGCGCGAGCAGUUUCUGAGUUCUGGGCGCAGUACUGUGCCUAAGAUUUCAGAUUAAAACUGCAUAGUGGAAGGAAAGGAGGACCUUUUUCUGCCUCCCCACUUCAAGCCACUCUCUGAAGACUUAAUAAUAAUAAUAAUAAUUUUUUAUUUAUACCCCGCCCUCCCCAGCCAAGGCCGGGCUCAGAGCGGCUUACAAGCAAUAAUAAAAACAAGAUGAAUGAUUACAGCUUAAAAACAAAAAUAAAAUACAACAUUAAAAUAAUGGAACAUUAAAAUAUUAAAAUGUAGCCUCAUUGCAGGAGGAGAAGGAAAAGAAAAAAGAAAGAGAGGGAGGGAGGGAAUCAAAUUGGCUCCAAGCCAAAGGCCAGGCGGAACAACUCUGUCUUACAGGCCCUGCGGAAAGAAAUCAGAUCCUGCAGGGCCCUGGUCUCAUGAGGCAGAGCAUUCCACCAGGCCGGAGCCAGAGUUGAAAAGGCCCUGGCUCUGGUUGAAGCCAAUCUAACUUCCUUAGGGCCUGGGACCACUAGGGUGUUGUUAUUUAUGGACCUUGAGGCUCUCCGUGGGGCAUACCAGGAGAGGCGGUCCUGUAGGUACGAGGGUCCUAGGCUGUGAAGGGCUUUAAAGGUCAAAAGCAGCACCUUAAAUCUGACCCUGUACUCCACCGGGAGCCAGUGCAGCUUGAAAAGCACUGGGUGAAUAUGCUCCCAUGGCAGAGACCCCGUGAGGAGCCUCGCUGCAGCAUUCUGUACCCGCUGGGGUUUCUGGGACAGCUUCAAGGGCAGCCCCGCAUAGAGCGAAUUACAGUAGUCAAGCCUGGAGAUGACCGUCACAUGGAUCACUGUGGCCAGGUCGGGGCGGGAAAGGUAAGGGACCAACUGCUUGAUGCGGCGAAGGUGGAAAAAUGUCGCCUUGGCUGUUGCUGUAAUUUGUGCCUCCAUGGAAAGGGAGGUGUCAAGGAUUACACCCAAACUCUUAACGGAAGGCAAUGGCACUAAUUGGCCCCCUGCAAGAGAAGGGAGUUGGUCCCUCAUCCCCAUGCCAUCCCGACCUAGCCAUAGGACCUCUGUCUUCGAAGGAUUUAGUUUCAAUCGGCUCCCACGAAACCAUCCAGCCACAGCUUCCAAGCAUCUGGUCAGUGGGUUCGGGGCCGAGUCGGUGUGGCCAUCCAUCAGCAGAUAGAGCUGAGUGUCAUCAGCAUAUUGGUGACAGCCCAGCCCAAAGCUCCGGAUAAUCUGGGCAAGGGGGCGCAUAAAGACUUGAGAAGAGACCCUCUUAAGAAUAUUAGGGAGGUGGGCAGCGGAAGGACUAGGCCAUGUGAACAUAAUAUUUUAGCUCAUUCAUUUUCAGCUUGGUAUUCUUGUUAUUUAAAAAGCGCGCCUAGACAUUCCAUUAUUGCACCCAUAAUUUCGGUUUAAGGUGCCAUUUAGCUCCUAGCUUUCCUUUGUGUGAGAGCUUCUUGUGGACAUAAUAUUAUGGGUGAAAAUGUCUCUUAAGGUGAAGCUGCAUGUGAUGAGAGCUGGUGCUUGCUGUGUUGACUGCUGUGCUCUGUUAAGAAGGCACAGGAUGCUCAGAAGCGGCAUAUAUGAGCAGUAUGCCUGACCUCUUGCCUUCUUUGCCCUUCUGCAGAAAGUCACGCUGCUCAUCAAGUGGCCAAAGAACGUGGAAGUGGAAGGCUACGGGACCAAAAAGAUUGACGCUGAGCGGCAGGCUGCAGCCGCUGCUUGCCAGCUCUUCAAGGUGAUCCGGGGGUUGGGGUUUGUUGUCAGGGGGGCAUCCUUCAUUUCCUGUCCCUGUCAAAGAGCAUCCUCUCAUGCGCUCAGGCCUCACCCUGUGGCCAAUUCUUGCUUUCAUUUUACCAGCAACAUCCUUAUAUAUACACAGACACCUAGUAUGAUUCGAAAGACCACUAGGAAGACUUGCCCUCUGGCUGCAGGGGGUUCCCUGAACUUUUUCUGCCGUUUUGGGCCUUCCAUAUCCAGAGCCAGGCAGUGGGCGGUGCUGUAGGAUUAAAUGGGUUUUUGAGAGGUGAGUUGCAGUAGGCAGUUUUGGAUUUGCGUUCCUGUAAUGGUAGCCGUCCCAAACUUUGGGGGUUCAGCAAGCCAGAAGUGGAAGAGGUGCUGGUCUGUUUGACACCCCACUCCCAAGUUACAUUAGAGGAAGGCGGAAGGGAAGUCUUGUUUCCCCACCAGUGCUUCAAAUCACAUUCAGUGAGUGACAGUUGCUGUCAAAAACUAAGUCAAGCUUCCAUGCUGGUCAUGCGUGUCAAAGGCACAAAUCUCUAUUAUUAUUAUUAUUAUUAUUAUUAUUAUUAUUAUUAUUAUUACACCCUUCAUCUGCUGAUCUCAGGGAGGUUCAUGACAUAAAAAUUCAAUAUACGUUAUAAAAGUGACACCGAAAACAAACAAAACAAUACCCCCGUCCCCACGAAUACAUUUAAAAGGGAUAUAGGAUAUUAAUUCUCAUCCCAGGUGUCUCCAGCUUUCUCCUUUGCCUCUCCCCACCCCGUCCUAUGGACUGCCAUCGCGCCUACAAAUUUCUGUGCUGUUUGCAAAUCCUGCACAGUAUCCUACUUCUGGUGGUCUGCGUGUAAAAAUGUGCAUUAAAUGAAUGAAUGAAUGUGUAUUAUUACAACCAAACAGCCAGCUCACAGAUGUGCAUUGUUGCACUAUGGCAGCCUUCACUAACCUGGUGCCUUCCGGGUUUUUCGAUGGGGGGUUGUGGUCCAAAACAUAUCGCUGGCACCAGGUUGGCGAAGGCUGCAGCAUCAGAAGGAAAUGUCAGCAAUGGGAUGCUAAAACCACGGUGAGCAAGAAACAUGUAAAGGGGAGUGGUUUUCAAAUGAAGUUAUUGAUACUGGCAUAAAAAGUUUAUUUCCUCAAAUGCUCCUGAACUUUUGCUGUUUUUGCCUAUGUGAUCUUGAAUCCAUGUAUCUGUAUAAAACAAUGUGCCUUUGAAACUUGGCUUUCCAUUGCUCCUCUCUUGCCCACGCACCCUUCCUGCUCCAGAGCCUGAAAUGCCCCUCUGCCAUGCUCUGGGUCCAGACCAGCCACCUUAACCUGGUCCCUUCCAGGUGUUUUGGACCGCAGCUCCCAUUAGCCCAAUCAUCCCAUGGCUGUCCUGACCCCAGCUGAUGCUGAUUGCAUCCUGAAACAACUGCAGCAUGCCAGUUUACGGAAGGCUCCGCUAGUCAGCCAUCUUACUCCCCUUCUCCUUGUCCUUGCUGAAAUCUGAGACACUGCAUCCAGGCCACGCAACCCUAAACCCCCAGUUCGGUCCUUCGUUGCUGUCCCUGACAUUGGCAGAUGUAAGAACCAGCUCAAAAGUGACGAGAAAGACCUGCAGUUGCCGGUCAUUGGGGCAGUACUGGGCUAGCUGAACAAAGAAGUCCGGCUUCUUUCUGACGCAGCUCUGAGUGGUUUAAAACACCCUUUUUCUUUCACCCUUCCAGCCAUCUUGACCGCCUUUCCUUUCCUCCCUGCGCAGGGCUGGGGUCUGCUGGGUCCCCGAAACGAGCUCUUUGAUGCCGCAAAGUACCGCAUCCUUGCUGAGCAGCUGGGCUGCCCCGAUGAGCGGUGGUACUCAGAGGGCAGCCGGUGGCGCUCCAAGUCCGGGCCGUCUCUGGCUGACCUCUCGACCUGCUGGAGGAGGAUGGAGCCUAGCGAGCCCAUCCAGUCCCUGGAGCACAACAGGCUCCCCAAACCCAUCCGGAAGGAGGAGCUGGAAGAAGGGGAGCUGGAGGAAGGGGAGCUGGAGGAAGGGGAGCUGGAGGAAGACACCAUCGACGUCUCCGAUUACUUGUCCAUGGCGCAUCCAGGGGCCCGCACCCCACCCAGAGACAUGAGGUAGGUGAACCCCGGAGCCCUGAAGGGCAUGGGCCUUUCAUGCAUUCUGGACUCACAGCUGCCCAUGGAGGCGCAGGUCAAUUCUGUGUCCAGGGCAGCUGUCUACCAGCUCCAUCUGGUACGCUGGCUGGGACCCUACCUGCCCACAGACUGUCUCACCAAAGUGGUGCAUGCUCUGGUUAUCUCUUGCUUGGAUUACUGCAAUGCACUCUAUGUGGGGCUACCUUUGAAGGUGACUCGGAAACGACAACUACCGUAUUUUUCGCCCUAUAAGACGCACUUUUCCCCCUCCAAAAAUAGAGGGGAAAUGUGUGUGCGUCCUAUGGGGUGAAUGCAGGCUUUUGCUGAAGCUUGGAGAGCGAGAGGGGUUGGUGCGCACCGACCCCUCUCGCUCUCCAGGCUUCAGGAAGCUAUCCAUAAGCCUGGGGAGCCCGCGGGAGUUCCCCCAGGGCUCCCUAGGCUGCAGAUAGCAGCCUGCUGCAUGGAGCGCGGGGCGCGCUGAAGCAGAGCGCCCCGCGCUUUGGGCAGAUCUCCGUAGCCUAGGAAGCCCUGCGGGAGUUCCCGUGGCUGGGGGGGGGGAAUAAAAAUUCCCCCCCCCCAAAAAAAAACUAGGUGCGGCCUAUGGGCCAGUGCGUCCUAUAGGGCGAAAAAUACGGUAAUCCAGAAUGCGGCAGCUAGACUGGUGACUGGGAGUGGCUGCCAGUACGUUUCCGAGCACAAUUCACAGUUUUGGUGCUGACCUUUAAAGCCCUAAACGGCCUCAGUCCAGUAUACCUGAAGGAGCGUUUCCACCACCAUCGUUCUGCCCAGACACUGAGGUCCAGCUCUGAGGGCCUUCUGGCGGUUCCCUCGCUGUGAGAAGCCAAGUUACAGGGAACCCGGCAGAGGUCUUCUCGGUAGUGGCGCCUGCCCUGUCGAAUGCCCUCCCACCAGAUGUCAAAGAGAAAAACAACUACCAGACAUCUGAAGGCAGCCCUGUUUAGGGAAGCUUUUAAUGUUUAAUAGGUUAUUGUAUUUUGGUGUUCUGCUGGAAGCCGCCCAGAGUGGCUGGGGAAACCCAGCCAGAUGGGCGGGGUAUAAAUAAAUUAUUAUUAUUAUUAUUAUUAUUAUGCACACGUGGCAUCAGCUUGGGGUCAGGCCUUUGUGUGCUGGCAUGGCCCUCGGGGCAGCAUUGAUAAUGCCCUUGGCAGGAUCUUUUGAGAAUUCUCCAGGCUCUUUCUUAGCUGUAUUUAUACACUGCCAGGUUUUUUUGGGGUGGGGCUUAAAGUAGUUUACAAAAAGAAAGAUAGAAUAAAAUUACCAAGAAGUAAAAUUUACAGCAAUAAUUUAGGACUUCGGAAAAGUUAAAAUAGCAGAAGAUUAAAAAGAGGUUAAUGCUCGCAUCACUUUUCCGAAUAUCUGGGUAGGCCUGCCUAAACAGGAGUUUUACCAGGUGCCGAAAAAAGUACAGUGAAGGCGCCUGCCUGGUAUCAAUAGGUAGGGAGUUCCAAAGUGCGGGUGCCGCUAUACUAAAAGAUCGAGUUCUUACAGAUGCUGAAUGGGCAUUUUACGGCAUCUGUAGUAGUGCCAGUUCUGCCAAUCACAGCAGGAAGACGAUCUCAAGAGAUGAACUGGUCCCACAGUUGUUAAGGGCUUUACAUGCUAAGUGUAGCACUUUGAACCUGAGCUGGUAGCAAAUCAACAACCAUUGCAGCUCUGUAAUUCCACCAGUCCAUAGUGUAUUCGUUUUACAUGUGUGUGCCUAAUCCUCAGGUGACAUGAGGAGCAGUGAGUUUACCACCCCCUUCCUGCGUGCCUCACCUGCUGGUCUGAGCUGUGCUUCUCCUGCCUGCAAAUGCAGCCUCCUCCAUCCCCUUCCUGCUCGGGUGUGGUGUGUGGAGGGAGGGAGGGAGGUAGGAGCUGGGUGAUCCUGGCCACGUUCUGGAAUGCCACGGGGGUUCUGGAGUCAGUGUGAUGCAAACAAUUUCCAGAGCACAGAACAGCAUUGCCUUUGGGAGCAAGAAGCACCUUCUAGUUCACCAAUCCGGCUCAAAUGUGUCUCCAUCUGUUAGGAACGUCAGCUCUCCUGUUUUACGUUUUUUAGAGGCUAGUGGGGAAGAAAUGGAGGUCUUUUCCUGGUAGCCGCGUAAAGAAAACAGAAAGCCAGGAAGACACGUUUCUGCCUUGGAAGUGGCGUGUCCAAGUGUGGCUGUCCAUGGUCAGGGAGAGGGCACCCUGUUUUUUUGUGGCUUCUAGCCCCCCUCAAAUUCUACUUCCCCCCGUAUCAGUGUCCUGAACGAAUACUCCAAGCCAUACUUGGCAGUUCAUAAUAAAACGGGGGAAUAAUCUAUUUGAUGCACCGUUGCAUAAAUCCUGUAUCUCCCAGCCGCUCUUUAGUGGGUGGGCAGGUGUAGCUCUGAAGGCAAGACGGAUGCCAGCUGAUGGAGGCCACAUGGCAACCUUUAGAACGAGAGGACCUAGCAGCCGCCUUCUCUUCCCUCUCCUGCUGCAGGGACGGGUUCUCUCUCGAGAUGACGGAUGACAACACAGCCCUCCGGGCUCUGACCCAGUUUCCUCUGCCCAAGAACCUCCUGGCCCAGGUGAUCCAGAUUGCCACUUCUUCGUCCACAGUCAAGGUGAGUUGGGGAGGGUCACGUCGGCCAACGACACAUAGGAAGGAGGGUGGCAGGUUUCUUUGGAGAGGCUCUUCUUAAAGCAGCCCCAGCAGUAUGAGAAUAGGGCCUGGGGCAAGUACCACCACCCAAAUGGGAGCUGCCAGACGUGAAGGGCAGAGAAACAGUAUCCAAAGGAGCUUGCAGAGCAAAGGGCCCCCAGGUGACUUUAGCCAGCGAGCCAAGCCACGUAAACUGCAGGAAAAAAGCAGAAUCUGUAGAGUUCCCAGCUAAUUUCUGCCCCUAAGGAAAGUCCUCCAAGCGAGCGUGCCCCUAUCUCUGUCUUGGCUCGCUACUGAAUGGUCCAGCCUUCACCAACCUGGUGCCCUCCAGCAGUUUUGGACAGCAGCUUCCAUCAGCUGCAGUCACCACAGCCGUGCUCCUGCCAGGCUGGCUGAUGGGAGCUGGAGUCCAAAAGGGAAUCAGAUCAGCAAAACCUGGAAAAGUCGUUUUCAGAAUGUUCCAUAGUUGUCACCUCUCCCCUUCAGAACCAGGAUGCUUACAUGAUGCUGCCAUUACCUGGAUGUUUCGCUCUUUAUUGCCUCCAAUUGUGCUUUGCUUUUAAAUUGUUCUGUGCAGUAAGUGUGAUUGCAUGUUACAUUGGGGUUCGCUUCCAAGGGUUCCACAUGUACACAAAGCCUGGAAGCCUGGGGGUGUUUGCACGAGAUCUCGUGGGAACUUAGAUGCCGCCAUGAAAUCUCAACAUGAGCAUCCCAGAGCUGGCACCCUUCCUGAUCUGGGCUCUCUCUGCCCCCCCCCAAAAGGAGAGAGAUUAAAAGAACUUUGCACACCAGGUACCCCUAAGCGGAUCCAGUGUGCAGUUAACUUUUAAGCUCUCCAUUUUGCUUGGAUUUAACUUGUGCAAUUUCAAACCAGCCUUCCUUUUAAUUGCACAUGGUUGAAACUGUACAAGUUAAAUGUAUGUAAGAUGCGAUCGUGCUGUAUUUUGUAAGUCUCCUUUGAGACGUUUGUGUGAAGAAGCUAAUGAUCUUAAUUGAUAAUGACACAACACGGAAAGAAUAUGUAGCAGCAGAGCUCAGUCUGGCACUUCCUAGUCCUUUAGGCAGCUAGUGGGGGGGGUGUUGCUGCAGUGCCACCUUAACAGCCACGACUGACCCACUAUCCAGUGUCCUUUGGGAGCAGUUGAGUGAUCCCGGCUUCUACGGGAGUUGGAGGAAAGGAGGCAGCACACACUGGGAGGUAGUGGGGGCUCCUCCCGCUGAGCCCUUCUCUUUUGCCUCGCACAGGAGUACAUGCAGUUCCGGACGGUGGGCACCAAGACCAAGAUCUGCAAGCUGACCCUGCGCUGGCCCUGCCCCAUGACCUUUGCCGCCAAGGGGCGUCGCAAGGUGGAGGCAGAGAACAAAGCGGCUGCUCUGGCCUGCCAGAAGCUGAAGGUGAGACUUGGGGCUCCACUCAUUCCUUUGUUAUUUUAUUUGCACGCCGUUCUUCCACAAAAAGAACCUGCCCAAAGUGGCUGACAACCAAGAAAACUGGAAUCAAAGCGUUUCAAAAUCAAACGGUGCAAAAACAAUUUCGUGGUAAGACAGUGCCAAAUAGCAAAUAACAAAAAAACCACCCUAACAUUUCAGUACUAUAAAUAUGACAAGAUUGCAUUACGUUUCCUGACAGUAGCCAAAAUAACAAGGGAGCUUAGCUGUUCCACCUUGGUCGUAGAAACACCCCUCCCAUGAGGAUUCUCACAAUCCCUGUCCUGCAGAAGCUUCUUAAAAGCCUUUUAAGUGCAGAGUGGGGGGAGGACUAGCUGGAAACACCUUCCAUGAUGAUGUUCCUUCCCUAGCACUUCCAACUGCAGGCGCCCGUGGCUGGGCCACAAAUGACCUCUGCCAGCCAGUCUCCUUUCCUGAUCAAGGAUUCCUGUCCCCCAGGUGGCCUUUUCCCCUGUCUCCCUGCCCAGGCAAGCCUCUUACUCCCACUUGGAGACCCUCCCAGGCUGACACACCCUCCUUCCUCCCUUCCAGAGCCUCGGCCUGGUGGACAAGAACAACAACCCCCUGAGCCACGCCAUGUACAACAUGACAUCCCUCCGGGAGCUGGGCGAGAACCAGCGGAAGCCCUGCCACAUCAAGGUCCCCGAGGCCACGCUGCGCAAGAUCGAGAACUACCUGAACCAUGUAAGCCUUCCCUUAUUUCAAAGAAAGUGGGCUGGAGCUUGGGUUCCAAACUAGAACCAGUUGUGGGGAACUGGGAGCCGCAGAACAUGGAACUCCUGUCACCAACUGGCCGAAAGUUGAAGAACCCUUGCCCUGGCUACUUGUUACCUGUAUGUUCUCCUCCUUCCCUCUCCCCACAUCAUUGGCCGAGUGGCUGUGAUGUCAUGGAAUGUUUGAAAGCGAUCUAGCUGCUUGGGGUGAACGUAUUGGAGAUGUUUACUAAGAGCGCAAUUUUGAGGAGUGAGAUAAAAGGUCAGUUUGGGACUUGGGAUAGGAGAACAGCUUCCCCCAGGACCCGGGGGCUGAGGAAGGGCUGUGGGGCUCAUGGACCAGGGGCCUGUUUAAAAACAGGCAAGACAGGUGGGGAGCAUUGUGGAGGCUGGAGGUGCAAGGAAAGCUAGUUUCACAUUUCUAUGGAUUUACAGUCAUGGGGAAAAGAAAGUGCACUCUCUUUGAAUUCUGUGGUUUUACAUAUCAGGACAUAAUAGCAAUAACUGGUUCCUUAGUAGGUCUUAAAAUGAAGUGACUACAACCUCAGAUGAGCAAUGACAUAUGACAUAUUACACCGUGUCAUGAUAAAGAUGUUAAAGAUGGCGCCGAGGUAAGGCGCGCUUGUCAGAGCUCUUUUCAAUUAUAUGUUGGGGCUCCUACUCCUUUUUAAACUUUUAAAAGCUGGAAUCGUAAGGUGUGCUUAGUUUUUCACACACGGCUUUUCCAUUUUUGCUUUAUUUCUGUUAAAUAAAUAAUGACAUGGUUCAAUAUACCGUUCGUUGUUGUUCAUCUGAGGUUGUAUUUACCUAUUUUAAACCUGCUAAGGAACAGAUAAUUGUUAUUACGUCUUCAUAUGUAAAACCACAGAAUUAAAAGAGGUGCACUUUCUUUUUCCCGUGACUGUAGCUGAACUCCAGAUUUCUGCUGUUCCAGCUUUCUCCGCCUGGAGGAUAUCUUUUCCCACUUAGAGCUGCCUCUUAAGCGUCCUCAUUGGUUUCUGCAUCUGCUUUGCUGUACAGAUCUUACCCUCCUUGAGAUAACCUUGCCAACUAAUAUUCCAAAGAAGCAAGUUUUAAGAGCAGGCAGCCUGAGGCCCUUGAGUAAUUUCAUAGCCAACCCAGCACUGAAAUUCAGUUCUUUGGUUGGGAAAGUAGUUUUGCUUUGGUGAACGAUGGCGUAGACUGAACUUGGAAGCAAGACAAAAGCACACCAAGAACUCAGGCCAAUGUAAGUUUCAACAGUGGGAGUGGUCCCUACUUGCAAAUCAAUAGUCAGUAGUAACAAAAACUAAUCCAUUCAAAAGUAUGUAUUCUGACAAGGAUUACAAACUCAAAUAAAGAUUACAAACUCCAUGACGAAUCUAACUAUGCACUAAUAUGAACUUAUCUCUACUCAUAAACUCUUACCUUUAAUUCUGUAACGAAUUAUCGUGUUAUACAUAUUUUUAUGAGUUUGAGUUUGUAAUCUCUGUUAGAGUUUGUAAUCUCUAUUUGUCAGAAUACAUACUUUUGAAUGGAUUAGUUUUUUGUUACUACUGACUGCUGAUUUGUGAGUAGGAACCACUCCCACUGUUGAAACUUACAUUGGCCUGAGUUCUUGGUGUGCUUUUGUCUUGGUAUAUUUAAUAACGUGAACUUGGAAGCAGACUUCACCCUCGCACGGGUUCUGCAGCAGUCAGAGGGCAAAGCAAACUGCUCCCUUCCCAGGGGGCUUUCCCCCUCUCCUCCCCCCACCCCAAUACUCCUGCCUGUUAUUAAUCCGCCGCAGUUUCUCCCUAGGAAGCCUAGGGCUUCCUCCAUAGCCGAGAGCCAUGAUGCUUAAGCAGUUGCUGUCAUCGCAGCUGUCGUUUGGCUCGCCGAAGUAGGCAACAAAGGCCUAAUGCUGAAGAAAAGGCUGCUUUUUCUCUCCUCCUUCUCAGUAUCCAGUGGACACCCAGGAAUCCAGGCCGCGCCUGGCUGACGACAUGAUGAACCUGAGCAAGGAGACGGGCACCCUCAGCGACGCCAUCACAGGCAAGAGUUACAUCCCCAUGUCGGAGUCGGAGGAAGUUCGCCACAGCCAGAACCUCCUGGCUCUCUGGAAGCGGAGGGGCAGCUCCUGGCAGGAGACCCAGCCUCUGCCCGUGGACUCGCACCGGGAAGCCAUCCUCUCGGCCAUAGAGCAGAACCCGGUGGUGGUGAUUGCCGGGGACACGGGGUGCGGGAAGACCACCCGCAUCCCCCAGCUGAUGCUGGAGCACUACAUCCUGGACGGGCGCGGCGCCCAGUGCAACAUGGUCAUCACGCAGCCGCGGCGAAUCAGCGCCAUUUCGGUGGCGCAGCGCGUGGCGCAGGAGCUGGGCUCCAGCAUGCGGAAGAAUGUGGGCUACCAGGUGCGGCUGGAGAGCAAGCCGCCGGCCCGGGGUGGAGCGCUUCUCUUCUGCACCGUGGGCAUUCUGCUGCGGAAGCUGCAGGGCAACCCCCGCCUGGAGGGCGUCAGCCACAUCGUGGUGGACGAGGUGCACGAGCGCGACGUCAACACCGACUUCCUGCUCAUCCUGCUCAAGGGCGUCCAGAAGCAAAACCCCGGCCUCCGGCUGGUGCUGAUGAGCGCCACGGGGGACAACCAGCGCUUCUCGCAGUACUUUGGGGACUGCCCCGUGGUCAAGGUGCCGGGCUUCAUGUAUCCUGUCAAGGAGUACUACCUGGAGGAGAUCAUGGCCAUGCUGGGGCGACACAGACACCGGCACUACGAGAUCAAGGUGAGCCCAGCGCACGCACCCUCCCCCUCCUAACGUGGCAGGCGGUUCUCUGUUGCUCAUGUGCACGUGCUCAAUCUGUGCAUCGUUACGAGGUCCUCUGUGGCGCUGGCCUUGGCACCGGGCUGAUGGACUAGCUGAAGGGUACCAGGUUGGCAAAAGGGUGCAGCUCCACCCUUUUGAGCGCCCUUGCUUCUGCCUUUGUCGCCGCUGCGAUGUUUUGUUAAUUGUGGGUCAGUACCUGAGGAGCAUUCCUUCACCCCCUUGUUCCCCAGCAGGGAGAGGUGGUGGUCCAUGUGGGAAAGCUCAGUGACAGGGCGUUUGCUUUGCAUGCAAAAGGUCCAGCUUCAGUCCCCAAUGGCAUGUCCAGUCCUGCCUGAAACCCGGAGAGCUGCUGCCAAUCAGUGUAGGCAGUUCCACGCUGGGUGAACCUGUUGUUUGACUUGUCAUCAGGCAGAGCUCUCUGUUUCCAGUAUGCAAAAAGGCUUUAGCCCCACGCUAGAGCAUCUGUUUUGCAGGCAGAAGGUCUCGGGUUUAAUUCCCGGCAGGAUUUGGAGACAGGCUUGCCUGAAACUCUGAAGAGCUGCUUCCAGUCAGUGUAGGCAAUACUGAGCUAAGUGGACUAAUGGUCCAACUUGGUAUGACACAGUUUCCUAAGUGAGUGGGCAGCAGAGAAAGGAGGGAGACACAUAAAGCCUUGCAGAAGCCCGCCUGCCCAGCCCUGCUAGGUGGUGUUUCAACAAGGUGUGGUUGAAAAUGCACAUUGGGUUGUAUGCAGAGGCCUUCUUCAAAUGCAGGACUGCAUUCCCCAGUUUCCCCCUGCAAGGGGAGUCAUGUUCAUUGAUACCAUAUGAGGCUAUCCCACAGUCCCACUCACUGUGCUUUUAUUUCUGGAACAGCCUUCACUGAUGACCUGGCACCCACCAGGUAUCUAGGGCUACAAUUCCCAAUGGCCCCAAUAUCAUAGGUCUGCACUGGCUGGUGGUGUUGGGAUUUCCAUGGCCCCCGGUGGUCUGCACCAACAUAAGGCAUCACCAGGUGUUCCCCUGACAGUUGUUUUCAUGCAGCUGCUUGCUUUGAGGAGUGCCUGGAGUUCUCCUGCACCUGGGCACACUUGGCUUUGUGCUCUCACUGUCUCUCUGCAGCACCUCCUGGCAGAUAUUCACUGUGCCUCUUUUUAUCCCUCAGCAAUCAGACGAGGAGUGCGUCCUUGACCUUGAGCUGAUCACUGACCUCAUUCUGCAGAUCGAUGCCCACGGAGAGCCAGGUAAGUGGUUGUCAUUCUACCUUGCGCCCUCCCUCUCUGCCCUGGUGGAUCAGAGGGUCUGGCAUGCUUUUGCUGCAAGUGAGACAGUUCGACAGUUCCCUCCCUCCAUGCCACCCUGAGCUACCAGGUGGAAAGGUAGGGUGCAGAUAACUUCACGGUCAUGUGUGACUCUCAGUCUUUGUUGGUUGCAGGUGGGAUCCUCUGUUUCCUCCCCGGCUGGCAGGAGAUCAAAGGAGUUCAGCAGCGGCUCUUGGAGAGCCUUGGACCUCAUAAUAGCCGUUACCUUGUCUUACCAGGUGAGAGGGUGGCAUUGCUCUGUUUCUCGCCUCACUGUGGGGUUUGUGGGAGGUGGUGGCUGUCCGCUGCAGAAAGCCUAGAGCAGGAGUACCUGCCAUGGUGCCCUCUGGAUGUGGUCGAACUACAGCUCCCAUCAUCCUUUACCACCCAACCAUGAUGGCUUCUGGGAGUUGUAGUCCAACAUCUACAGGACAUCAAGCAAAUGACUCCUGGCCUAGAUUGCCAUGAUGCUCCUGUUGGAGGGGACAGGUGCUCACAGGUGUUGUUUCUCCAACCCUCGCCAGUUCAUUCCAACAUCCCAAUGAUGGACCAGCAGAGCAUCUUCCCACGCCCCCCUCCCGGCGUGCGCAAGAUCGUCCUGGCCACCAACAUUGCCGAGACCUCCAUCACCAUCAACGACAUCGUGCACGUUGUGGACAGCGGGACUCACAAGGAGGAGCGCUACGAUCUCAAGACCAAGGUUUGUCUGGGCCGCGGUUGUCUUGGGUGAGGCUGUGGCAAGCUCAGAAGCGAGUUUGAUCUGGUGUGGGGAGCGCGGGCCUCAUUGUAUGGGAUGGUGACACACCUCUUCCCCCAGGUCUCGUGCCUGGAGACCGUCUGGGUGUCCAAGUCCAACGUCAUCCAGAGGCGAGGGCGUGCUGGGCGCUGCCAGUCGGGCUUUGCCUACCAUCUCUUCCCGCGCAGCCGCCUGGACAGGAUGCCCACCUUCCAAGUGCCUGAGAUCCUCCGCACGCCCCUCGAGAACCUGGUGGUCCAGGCCAAGAUCCACAUGCCCGAGAAAACGGUAAGGAGAGGCCCUCCCGGCUACAGAGCCUCCAAGGAUCCUCUUCAGUGCAGGCCCCCCUUUCUUGGGCUUGUUCUAAUGAGCAGACAGAACUAAGCUUAGCUGGUGCCUGAAAAACAUGUCCCAAAAAGCCCGUAGCUUUUGUCUGAGCAGGGUUCUCCAGUGUUGGAGUUGCUUAAAGCCCAGACUGUGGAACUCGCUGCCACAAGAAGCAGAGAUUGCCAUCACCUUGGGUGGCUUUAAAACAGGAUUAGGCAAAUUCCUGGAGGAGGAGAGAUGGCUGUGGAUGGUUCCUAGCCAGGAUGUGUCUGCUCUGCCUCCACAGUUGGAGGCAGGAAUGCUUCUGAAUUCCAGUUGCUGGAAACCACAAGCAGGGAAAGGGCUCUUGCACCCAUGUCCUGUUUCUAGACUUACAACAGGCAUCUGUUUUGCCAGGGAGACCAGGAUGCUGGACUAGAUGGGUCCAGGUUGACAAAGAGCUCAUUGCACUUGGUUAAAAAAACAAAACCAGGGUCAAGAAGAAGAGUUAGCAUAUUUAUGUUUAGAACUGGAACAGACCUGUAGGGUGUCAAGAGCCCCCUUCCCUUCCCCAGUCCAGUCCAGUGCCCCUUUCCACUCAGCUGGUCUUCAUAUUGUAUACUCUGUUGCUUUUGGCUGCAGGCUGUUGAGUUCCUCUCCAAAGCCCUGGACAGCCCUGACAUCAAAGCUGUGGAUGAAGCAGUCAUCCUUUUGCAAGAGAUUGGUGAGUAUCCGGGGAGGCUGGCCGGGAAGUGGGUUGCUGGUAGGAACACAGGAAGCGGCUUUUAUAGACCAAGCUGUUUGGCUCUCCAGAGUUUCAGACAGGAGAUGUUCCCAGCUCUAUCAUGCCAGGGAUUGAACCUGUAGUUCAUGCUUGACGACAGUCUUUCCACGUACGGCUGGGUCUGCUGCUGCUGUCGUCACCUUGGGACCAUUGAGGUUGCCAAGGCAACACAGAAAGCAGUGCCCUUCCCUCUCCUACCCAGCCCUUCCAAGCACUCCUCUGCUACCCCCCUUUCAGGUGUGCUGGACCACAGGGAGGCCUUGACCACUCUGGGCAAGCGCCUGGCUCAGAUCUCCACCGAUCCCCGGCUGGCUAAGGCCAUCGUGCUGGCUUCCAUCUUCCGCUGCAUCCAGCCACUCCUGGUCAUUGUCUCCUGCCUCACGAGGGACCCCUUCAGCAGCAGCUUGCAGAACCGCACCGAGGUGGACAAGGUGAGGGGCCAGUGUUGUCAGUGCUUGUGUGUGGAGGCGGAAGAAUCAAAGGUGCACAUGAACACCCCGUUGUUCCAUGUUUCCUAGGCCAAGGCCAUCCUGAGCCGAGAGAGCGGCAGCGACCACCUGGCUUUUGUGCGGGCAGUGGCUGGCUGGGAGGACAUCCUCCGGCGCAGGGAUAGCCGAGCUCGCGACAACUACCUGCAGGAUUACCUGCUGUAUGCGCCCAGCCUGCGAUUCAUCAAUGGUAAGCAGAACAGGCGGUGCCCAGGGAUACAGGAAGCUGCCUUGUACCAGUCAGAAUCAUUGCUCCGUCUAGCUCAGUAUUAGUCAAUUCAACAGCCUGGCACACACUCUUUUCAGAGUGGAGAUGUUGGGGCUGCUGGAAGUUUCUUGAAUACAGCUCCCAUCAUUCCUAGCCAUUGGCUAACACUCGCUGGGGCUGGUGGGGGUUGGAGACCAGCAGCGUCUGGAGAGACCCACAGGCUCCCCAUUCAAGCUUUACUCAGGUUAAGCAUCAGCCCUGGCUUCCCACGGACUCUGUUCUCCUGGCAUGGAUCCCCGUUGUGAUCAAGGAGCCUGAACCUAGAGAAAUUCUGCCUGCUUCUGAAGGUGGAGACCAGGGCCGUUGUUCUGGAGCCAGAAUGGAAUAUUUAACAGGGCUCUGUAUGUGGAAGGGAAGAAAGCCACAGACCCCGGGUUGCAAAUGUGAUCCGUGCGGGAGGCAUGUUCACAACCCACAGCGUUGUGCGCAUGCACAAAGUGCUGAAACCUGGAAGUAACCCAUUCUGGUACUUCCGGGUUUCGGUGCGCCUGUAACCCGAAAAUGCGCGACCUGAAGCGUCUGUAACCCGAGGUUUGACUAUACUGCCCUGUUAAGAAUCUUGUUGCAGCUCCCUUCCAAAUCCCCUUCUGCCAACGUGGACAGAGAAGACCAAGAGGGAAGCCCAGGCUGAAUUUGUACCCGGCACUCUAAGAACAUAAGGAGAGCCUGCUAGUCUAGCAUCCUCUUCUCACGGUGGCCAAGCAGACGCCUCUGCGAAACCUUUGCAAGCAGGUUUCAGUCACAAGAGCCCUCUUUCCUCCUGUGGUUUCGAGCAACUGGUAUUCAGAGGCAUAGCUGCCUCUCCCUGGAGGCAGAGCUAGGAGCCAUUGACAGCUCUCUCCUGCACAGUUAUGUGGAGCCUGACGCUGAGCUUUGCCUCUGCCCCCCACAGGCCUGGUGAAGCAGUUCUCGGAGAAUCUCUACGAGGCCUACCUGGUGCCAACCCCCUCAGACUGCCUCUUGCCCUCGUCUGUGUGCAACCAAUACAGUGAGGAGGAGGAGCUGGUGAAGGGCGUCCUGAUGGCUGGGCUUUACCCCAAUCUCAUCCAGGUAAGAGGCCCACCUCCCCUUCCAUACUGUCUUUGAGUGACGCAACAGUGGGGAAGGGUUCCCUUUCCUUGGGUGAGAAUUUUGAUGGAUUCUCUCAAGUUUCUCUGGGCUUUGGAGCAGCAGACAGGGCAGAACGGGGAGGGGUGGUUAUGCGCACUCUGCUGACGCAUGCAGAGGCCGGGAACAAAACCCCUGCGCAAAAUGAUCACCAUCUUUAUUAUGCACAAUUUAAAACAACUUGCGACCAUAAAAAAUAACAUGGAUCCUAAAAACGCACACCUCAAGCUUCGAAAGCAUUCACUGGAAGCUGUGUAACGAAGGUACCAGACACAUCUCUGUGAGCGAGGGGGCUAUGGGGCCGCCACCUCUUUGAGCCACUGAGAAAGAGGAACUGGAACUACCAACAGGGCCUCCUCUGUUGAUCUCAGCACCCAAGAGCAUCCAUAGGGAAGCAGGUGGUCUUUCAGGUAUUUGGGGCCUGAGUCGUUCAGGGCUUUGAACACUGUUAUGUACAUAAAACAUAAUGAGCAAUACGUAAUAAGCAGCAGUGUCAAAUCAUCCUUUUGCCAACCCAGCAAUUGACUCUUAGCCAAGCUUGUCUUGCUAAUCCAUCCCUCUUUUUUUGCCCACUCCUCUUCCCAGGUCAGGCAAGGCAAAGUGACCAGGCAGGGCAAGUUCAAGCCCAACAGCUACACGUACCGGACCAAGGCUGGGACCGUCCUCCUGCACAAGUCGACGAUCAACAGGCAAGUGGGCCGGGUGCCGCCCAGGCCGGCGGGUGCAUAUGACCUGGUGGGGAGGGAUGGAGGGAGGGCAGUGGCAGCAGGCCAGGUGUGAGACGGCCCCUUCCUCUUUACCACAGGGAGACCUCCAAGCUCUACAGCCGCUGGCUGACGUACUUCAUGGCGGUCAAGUCCAACGGCGGGGUGUUUGUGCGCGACUCCUCACAGGUGCACCCCCUGGCCGUGCUGCUCAUGACGGAUACGGACAUCCAUGUGCGGGGUGAGUUCCGCGUUCUCACAACCUCCAGUUUCCGCUUUUGCUGCUGCUUCAGGGAUCAACAGCAGUUGGUUUAAGCAAAGGGCUGUAGCUCAGCGGGAGAGUGUCUGCCUUGCAUGCAGAAGGACCCAGGUUCAUUCCCUGGCAACAUCUGCAGGUAACGAUGGAAAUGUCUCCUGCCUGAAACCCUGGCGAGCUGUUGUUGCCAGCCAGCAUAGACAAUAUUGAGCUGGCUGGGUCAUUGGUCUGACUCAGUAUAUGGCAGAUUGCUGUUUCUACGUUAUGAAGGUCUAACUUGCUCUUCUGCAGUGUCCUGGUAGGAUCUUCAGAGACUAUGUGGUUUUGGUGGGAGGGAAUCGCUGGGAAUUGUACAACAAAACACACAGGGCGCCCCAUUUUGGGAGGCAGUUUAGGGAUCACGAAUCAUUUGGUAGGUAAAGGUGAUAUUUAAUUCCUUCCAGCAUUACCAUAUGUAGAACAAGGCAGGCAUCCCAUCGAAGGCAACCUUCUCUCUCCUAAUACCGGCUAAUCUGAUGCUAUUUAAAAGUUCACAGGCAAACUAAAACAACAGCCUUUAUUCCUAUUACUCCACAGUCUUGCAGAGGUGCAGUCUCUGGACUUGGAGGUUACGCACCUGGCUGUUUAUUUUAUCUGAAGGCAGCCCUGUACAGGAAACUUUUAAUGUCUGGUCUGUCGUGUGUGUUCUUUUAUAAUCUGUUGGAAGCUACCCAGAGUGGCUGGGGCAACCCAGUCGGAUGGGUGGAGUACAAGUAAUGAUGAAGAUAAUUGUGAUGAAAGUGCAAGGAUAAGUACUUAAACAGCAGCUCCUCCUUGCCUGGGACUCCCAGGCAUGAGGGUGGUGCAAGGCAGAUGGGAGAGCUGGUGCACUGAUGGUUCAAGCAGACUCCCUUCCCUGCAGCCACCACCUACUGCUGGCCCAGGAGUCUCCCUUGGACUCCCCCCAUCUAAGCUCCUCUCCCUUCUUCCCUGCCCCCAGAUGACGGCUGGCGAGCGACCGUCUCCCUCGUUGACAGCGACCUCCUGGUGCUGGAGGGCGACUCCUACACUAUCCGGCUCCUGCGUGACUUCCGCGUGGCCCUCUCCAGGAUGGUGGAGGUGUGCCUUUGCUACGAGAUGGCCGCCAUCCCCGGGGACCUGCACCACCAGCACAGCCAGCUCCUGGACAUCCUAGUGGACCUUCUCAAAGGGCCUCCCGGCAGCUUUGGAGCUUAGAUCUCCCAGCAGCGGCCCAAGGAUCUGGACACGGGGACUUGUAAUUUGUAAAAAGAUGUUGACAAAUGUUUAUUUAAAUAAAGUUCUAUUUAUCCCUUGUGACAUCUCUCUCCGUCCUGGAGGAUUCCUAGCGCCUGCUCAUCCGCUGCAGCCUCUGGCAGCCCGCGGCGGUUGGGGAGAAAGCGCACCAGCUGCUUGCCUGCCAGCGAGGAUGCCAGUCUGCAAGUCCCGAGGCCCUGAAGGACAGUGCGGCGGAUGGCGGCCCCUCACUCUUCCUGGUCUUGUGUGUUUUGCCCCCGUAGUGGGGGCAGUCCCACAUAGAAGGAUGGAUUUCUCGCAUGGAGGAAUGGAGCAUCUUCGUGUGUCUCCUGGUUUUGAAGGUGUGAGAAAGCGAGCUCACGUAGACACUCCUCAAGUGUGCAGGAGUUGAUGUUGCACUUGGAACAGGGUGACACAAACACCCCGUCCUGUUCCCCUUGCCGGCCAGAGGAUGAGCGGUCGCUCCAGGAUGGGGCGAUGGCGUGUCGCACUUGGAAAACUUUUGUCAUGCACUUUUUGAAAUGAAAUGGAAAAUCCCUUUUGCUCUAGGUGAACCGGUUUCGGUGCAGAGGUAACCCCACUUUCUGCUGGCUGACUGGGGGGUGGGGCUUGUUGCCUCUUGUCCUCUCCUUCCUGGAGCUGCUGGUGGAAUGUGGCUUUGCUUAGGUGUCAGGGGCUGCUUCGUUCCUGGGAGGAGAUCCUGGGCUACCCUAUAGCGGGGUCUUGAAGCCACUGCCCGCCCACCCAUGGUACACCAAGGGAAGCCUCAAGCUCUGGCAACAUUGGCUUACUGAAAAUGGGGAGCUGUUGUCUCUCCAGCUGUGGGGUGGCUGGGAUCAGUCUGUCAAUUGGAGCUCUUCUCCUUUCCUGACCUCUUCAGCGGUCAGCAACAACCACAGUCACAUGGCAUGAGCUCCCAAUUCUUCCCUGAUCUGCUGUUCUGAGUCUCCCCCUGCGUGCAGCUCUUGGGCUCACCCGGUGUCUCAGUCCACACCCCUUAUGUUUUAAAUGUAUGCCAAGCAGAGGGCAAAUGUGGCCUAGGAAGGCUAGCCCAGGGGCACUCUCAAGAUCAAUCGGGUUGAUAGUCCUGCCCAAUAUCUCCUGCAGGGAUGACCUGAAGGAGCAAGGCAAACUGCUGGGCAGGGGGGGGUGGGGGGGUGGAGAAGAGAGAGCUUCUCCCUGAUUCUGUACUGCUCCUUGCCAGCUUGAUGGAUCAGUUGCUCAACUUCAGACAGGUGAACAUUUCUCUCUCUGAAGGGAGCAUGCUAAACCUGGUACCCCACCACACCAAGUGUACUAUAGUCUUCGAAGACCCAGGCUGCGAGAGGGAUGCCCAGCUUUGAGCACAGCAGAAGCAGCCACACCCAGUUUGGAAAAGGGAGCUUCCAGCAAGUUUGGGCUAGAUUGUGUCCUGGGCUCUGUACCUAUCUCCCACCCCACCUUGGACCACCUUGACAUCUCCCCUCCAUGACGCUCACUCUUGCCUCUUGACCAGUGGGAAUGUGUUGCUUUUUCUUAGAGGAGAGGAAAGGUGGAUGUGUUGGGUCCCCUUUCUAUGGGAGUGGAGACCCCAAAAGCGGGGAAGAAAUGGCUCUGAGCUGGUCUGUGACUGAUGUUGGGGAAGUUCAGUGGCUAUUAAACAUGGUAUUGGACCUUUUUACAACCUCGUCUCAAGAAAAUAAAAACAGGGAU